GCAUUGUUUUAUCAAAAUAACAUGUGAUCUGGUCGGCAUUAGAAUAAAUGUCAUUGUUGUUUUCCAUAAUACAAAUGUCGACCUCUUCUAACAUUAAUUCGUGUGAAAUAAAAUUCUAGCGUUCCCCAAAAAAGUAAAGAUGGCAGUUUAUUCGAAUAGGUGUCUUGUUCAAGAGGAAACGAGUACGUCUAAUGAGAACUUGGCUCGCGUGGCAGCAAGUUCUGUGGAGAAAUCUCUGGGUCCUGCAGGCAGGUGGUUGGCCUUGACGGGCGCCUACCCACAACCCACUUUUCCUAUAACAACUGCGAUAUGUGAUACAUACUACUGUGAAGGGACCUCUUUGGCCUCAUUCACGUCUUCUUCACCCAGAUCCUCAGACAGCGUUAUAUUUCCCGAAGGUCGUCCCAUGUUUUUACCUAUUCUACAGUUUUGCAACAGUCUAAUGCAUAAACACUCAAGCGACGUGAAGACACUGGCCGAGGCACAGGCCUUUCAGGCCAGUCUUAAAACCGUGCGGGAUACAGUAGCUCGUCUAACUUCAGAAACUGCUUCCAACUUCAGAAACGAUUCCAACGAUUCCGUAUUAUACUGGCGAUUGGUAUCGCUUUUGGUGGUACUUGACCGUAUCAAAAACGAAGUGCAACAUGAAAUUGAUAUGUUAGACGAGUUGGAGGAGCUUCAUUGAUCUGAAGCAGAU